AUGGCAAAUCCUAAUGGUGUUGUCGCGCAAGCAGUAGUGGCCCAGCAGACUUUUGCUUCAGAUCCUAAAUACAAGAAGUACACUCAACAAGUCGAGAAGUUUCACCAGAGAGCGUUAGAUGUAUAUUCUCAUAUCCUAGCCGUCCUCGGAGUAACUGGACUUCGACCCGUCAUGAAAUCAUUCAUUCUCGCACUAUUACCAGGUCUAGAGGAGGAGACAGGAGAAUUCUUCGAAAGGGUCAUCAGUCUACUAGAUCGACUAUCCGGAACAGUCUCUCCCUCCUUCUUCUUCCAAAACAUUUGGCUCAUCAUGUCGACAACUCCCUCCGCCCGAGGAACUGCAUUGAACCUUCUUUCCCGGAGACUACCACAACUUCAUGGGCUGGAAGACAUCACUUCCAUUGUGGGUUCUGAUAUAGGUCUGAUGAUUAGUGCGUUUGCGGCUGCUUUAGAAGAUGAAAAUCUGCUUGUUCAGAGGAGUGCGCUGGAUCUACUUCUACAAUCUAUGCGCGUCGAUAGUAGUGCUGUCAAACAGGCGCAAUCAGAAGACAGGUCAAUUUUGAUGCGCGCAGCUAUUAGUGUUGUACUUCAACGUGAUUUGUCACUAAAUCGGCGGUUAUAUUCCUGGUUGCUGGGACCAGGCAAGAAGAGCGAAAAGCAGAUUGAGUACUUGAAGGAUAACGCGCUGGAAUUGCUUCGGAGUACGCUGAAGGAGGAUAUGCUGUCGCCUUCUGGGGAGUAUUCGGAGUCUCGGCCGUUCAAGAUCUUCAUCUCAUUGCUGGAUAAGUGGGAGAUUGGAGCUGCACUGUCGGAGGUGUUGAUUUAUGAUUCGAAGCUGUGGAACCGCAUAUCAAUUGGAGACGACUUCUCAGUGCUGUAUUCCAAGAAAUCAUUAGCGGUGACGGACGAAAUAAGGUGCAUCCCAUAUAUUAUUGUGUGA